AUGAAAUUCCGAAAAGAAUCUAGCGCAAGUCCAAAUAUGGAGCUGCUCUCUCGGCGGUAUUCGACCAGCAAAUUAUCUACUUUUAAGAGAACCAAAUCCUUCCGAGCUUCUGGUAGACUUAUGUCCAAGAUCCGAAACCACACAAACCUCAACUUGAACCAAAUGUCGUCUCCAGUUUCACUGCAUCCGAAAGGAUCAGAGCCGAAAACCAGUCAGUGGAGUCUUCCAUUUCUCCAUAAAAAAGAAGAAUCUUCGGAAGGAUCGAAGAAGACUGCAAAAAUGCCUCAAAAAAUCAGAGCCCGUAAAAAGACUGAUGAAAAAUCGGAAACCCUCGAUGCCAAGAUAAGAGCGUCUACGGAAUCCAGCAAAAUAGCUAAGGAUCUCAAGCAAAAGCUCUCUCUGGCGAAUCGAAUCAUGGGCAGACACCGAAAAUGCUCGCAGGAUGGCGAUAAAAUUACAGAUAAGCACAAGAGUCAAGAGAGCAGUAAAUCGAGUAGUAACGAGCUUCUUCUAGAAGUUCAACCUAAAGAUCCGGAGAAACUAUCCGGAAAAAGGGUAUACCCAAAUCACCCGACUGGAGAAUACAGCUCCUACGAGAAUCCUACUUUCUGUUUAGACAGCUCGAUCGAUUCUUCUGUGUCGAGCUUCUUUCACGAAGUGCAACCUGGAGACCGAGAUGCUCUUGAACAGUCAAUCAAAGAAAGUGCCAGUAAAGAAAAUUCUUCUGAGAUCAAAAUGUUCGACUCACAAGAAGUGGAAGCUCUGACGAUUGUUGUAGAUUCAGAAAAAGAUAAGGAGCCUCUGUCAGCAGAUAACAAGGCACUUUCGGUAAAUAACGAUCUGAAUAUGGAGACUCGUAACUCGAAGAAUAAUAAAAGCUUCAGAAGAUGUUGUCGAGUAAGGGCAGAUUGGAGAAAGAUUGGAGAAACAAAGUACGAUAAUUACCAGAGAAUGAACCAAGAAGACCAAACAGAGAACAAGCUCUCGAUCAGUGGGGUCGUUUUGAGGAGCUCGAAGAAUAAAUUUGAUGAGACUGGUACCAAUACCCGAUGUCAUUCACGUAUAGUUGAGGAUCCUUUUUGCGAAAAAGUUUCAGCAAACUCGUCCAAGUUCGUGAGGCCGAGAACGGUCGAUAAUAUUGCCAACUUCUGGAGCGGUGGCCGAAGCAGCUUCCGGGUUAAGAGGACUGGUCGGAAAAAGCUCUCACAGGAGUCUAAGGAGCUGGAGUCCUUUAGCCAUGACCGCGUUUUUGUGACAACCACUUCAGGAUCAAAGCGGCAAUCGCAACAAGGGAUGGAGUUCCUGGAGGGCUUUGGAAAAAAGAAGAAUCAGCAGCAACAACAUCAUUUUAACAACUUGUCUUUGAUUCACAUCAAUCCUCUCACAACACAACCUUCCCUGAAUAUACACUUGCAUGCUUUGUUUGCAGCUGUUGAACACGGUCACUUGGAUAAGGCCAGGACCAUUUUAGAGUCGACGGAUGUAGAUGUAAACAGUGUAAAUAGUGACGGUUUAUCUCCACUAGACGUUGCAGUCUUGAGUAACAACAGAGCUUUAGCAAAGAUGUUGGUUACAUUUGGUGCACAAGAAGGGAAUCAGUUCAAAUCGCCGGAGUCUUUGGGUAGUCAUUUGGCAUCCCUGCUGUCGGAAGCUGAACACAGAGUUCAAGAACUUGGUGGUAGUACUUCUGGAAGUGGUGGCACUAACCUUUUAGAACCCGUGAGUCAUAGGUCCAGUUUCUCCGCACAACACAACAAUUUGACAGGAUGCUCGGGAAAUACAGAAGACAAACAACUAGCUCUUUGGGAGAGGAGGGCACGUGCUUUAAGGAAGAUGUUGCUGGGAUUUGAUCAAGCAAGACCUCCGGAUAUGCCGUAUUUGGUAACAGCGGAUGUUACCGGUACGACAUCCGUCACAGCCAAAUUUCAAGAAUCUGAUUCGCAUGAUUCACCAAUUUGCACAAAGUUCAAAGUUCAGUGGAGCGUGCAAGACGAUUUCUCGAUUAUCUGCGGCGAAAAAGAGGUCCUUGACAUGAAGCAGAGAGAAUGUAGAAUCGAUGGCCUUGUACAAGGUCAGAGAUAUUAUUUUAGGGCAGCUGCCGGAAAUUUGAAAGGCUAUAGCAGAUAUAGACCUUCAACUCCAGCUUGCGUAACUCCAAGCAGUUGGCGAGAUAUUGAUGGAAAAGUGCCAAGAUUUGCUGGCCGAUUGGAGCAAUUAGAUAACCUCUUCGCAGACAUACGUCGUCCUGAGUACACACAAGAGACACCAGCCGUACAGAGGCGUAAUCAUAAGAAAAAAACCACAAUAAAACAAUUAUUCACGGCCACGAGUAAAUUCCAGAAAAACCUGAGGCGAGGAGUGUUCCUUGCUUGUCUUCUCUAUCACGAAGACAAAGUGCUGGUAACAAAUGAAGACUUUCUACCAGUCAUUGAAGUAGAUGAAACGUACCCUAGCUGUAUUUACAACGAUUUUCACUGGCUUAUGAAGGUCGCCUGCACCUGGGAUGACGUUAAGACUCUCAGGCAGGAUAUGGAAAAGACUCAUAGUAGUUCUACAAAUCAUUUUAGGAUAAAAUUACUCCAAGCUGCUUCUCAGAUGCAGGCGGCCCUAUGCACACAAGACUUAGGACAACUGUAUUACAAGCCAAUUCGGGACAUUCAAGGCACGUUGGUAUUUUCGACAGUCAACUACGUUAAAACACCAAAGUUGGUUUCCGUCCUGAACAGUAGGUGGUUACCUCUGAGCAAAGUUACGAAGAAGAUUAUCACCCAUGAAGACAGCAAUGUGACAGAAAUUCUCAUGGCUAGUAUCCAGGAGCAAAUGACUUAUCAUCAAGUUAGUAGCAUCAAGUUGUCAAAGGGACUUUACCUCGGAUACCUCAAGAUGCAAAGCAGCGUGGAUCUCAUACAAGUGGUUGUACCUGUCAAAUCACCAAACGUCCUGCCUCACUGCAAAAUUCGAGAAAAUCCUCAUGUCUCUGCUGAAGAAUGGGAAUACUUGAAAACGAUGACCCGAAUUCAUGCGUCAAAUGCAUCAACCUUGCAAGAUGCGGAAGAAAAGGAGAACGCUUCAAAUGAAUGUCAAGGAACAGAACAGCAAAAGCAGUUUAUCGAUAUGGUCUCGGCAACCGCGAAGCGUUUGUUCAAUCACAUGGAAAUCAGUCCGGAAGAUUCCCUCAGUCACAGGCUCUACGAUGCGGAAGUGAUCGAUCUCACCCACGAAGUGUCAUUCUUAAUCGCAGUUCCCCCAGCUGAAACUGCUUGUUCCGUCCCUGGUACCAGAGAAAUCCUGCUUCAAAGAGGAGAUCUCUUAUCGUUACCAAUUCAAGUUUUCGAGAUGGUACACCUUAAUACCUAUCAAAAGGACGUCAUAAACCGCUAUUCGAGACUGAGUUGCAUUCUGGAAUUGGAUACAGCUCAGGCGCAACAUAGUCACAGAGAGGCUUUCAGUACGACUGAGUUGAACAUCGCGAAAGGCAAACUCAAUAGACUUCAGGAUAUUCAAAUUCAAAUGAACACUGUCUGGAAAGGCGGUAGAUGGCUUAUUGAUGUCAUCACUUUUGCGAGGGAUAGAGGAUCGUCUCAGCCGAAUUCCCAGUCUGCUGGAAUAUGCAUAAAACACCUUUUGAGUCUGGACAGAAACAAGAACAGUGGCAACAGUCUGAAAAGGAGUCUCUUACAGCUUCCUCCAAGAGAUCCAAAGCUCGUAAAAUCCAGUCCAGGAAGAGGCAGUUGGCCCGGUCCCAACAUAACAAACUCCUCUUCUAAUCUACUGACUACCGAGUUCAGUAAAAGCGAACAGCAAUUACCUAGCAGCCAAUACAUUCGAAAAGGAAGCAAUACCUCCAAUAUAUCAUCUGGGUCAGAAGCAGCUAAAUCCACACUCCCAGUGAGCAGCACAAGCAACUUGACCAACAGCAAUAGUACAGGAAACCACCACUUGAAUCCUCUGCAGAAUGUGAGACUUCCACCGUCCAAGUCAGAAGAUACCCUCCUAUUAGCAAAGUACAAACACAGUCCAAGGAAUCGAUCCGCUACCGUCACUUCCGUUUCGGCGACCACUAGUCCUCUGAUGAGCAUAAAGCCUAUGAUGUACGGUGGUUCUCUCCUGAGUGUCUCCACAGCCAUGACCAAUACAACGAGUCUUUUAAGCGUCACUAAUACCACCUCGGACAGUAUGCAUUCCAUUAGCAGCGACGAAUAUACCACCCCAAAUUCCGGUGUCUGCAUAAAACAAGGACACGCGAAAAUCAAGUCAAUGAAACCCACUGCGAGUGUCGCUGCCAUGGCUAGUUCUACAAUGGAUAGUCAACUUGAAGAGGACAAGGACGAAGCCACAUUAAUGCCAGCUCCUCUUCCUGGAAUUUUGCAGGUCUAUGCGGCCUACGAAACAGGUUUAGCGUCCGGAACAAGUUUAAAGCUACACGUAACCCCAAGAACCACAGCAAGGGAGGUGGUAGACUUAGUGGUUAAGCAGCUCAAUAUGGCCGUAGUUUUGAAAGGCCAAGAAGGGCCAAUCUACACGUCCGAUGAAUUACCUAACUUUUGCCUAGUUGCCGUAAUUGGUGCGAGAGAACGUUGCCUCAGGGAUGAUUUUAAACCCCUUCAGCUUCAAAAUCCAUGGAAAAAGGGUCGACUCUAUGUCAGACAGAAACAAGACGUCCUCGCUGCUUUGGAACACAGCAGUAAACAAUCUGCGUAUUUGUAGCAUGAUAAAAAUGAAGGAACAAACGAGUCUUGUGUUAAAUGACAAAAUAUAAGAUCAAUAUUAUUUCUCCCCAGCAGAAUUUAAAUAGUUUUCGAAAGCCGAAGAAC